GAGAGAGAGAGAGAGGAAUUGAUUGAUGCGAGGGACAGAUAGAGGUAGAGCUAGGGGAGAAUGUGUGAGGCUAAGAGGAGUCUAUAUCUGUAUGUGUGAGUAAUGCAGGGUGAUCAGAGUGAGGCAUGCUGGGGGUAGGAUUACAGGCCUUAUAAGGCCCCUGUGCCAUCCGUCUCCGUCUCUGCUCCACGCAGCUAUUCUUGUCCCGUCUGUCCCUUACCCUCAACUAAGAAGCUUUUCAGCGCCUGCCCUUCCUCCCCCUAUCAGGUGUUUGUCCCAACCGUCUGGAAAUAACAGGGGGGGAGAACUCCGGGACGAGACUGAAGGAGGGAAAUCAGAAAGCGAGUGCAAGAGGAAACAAGUACAAAGAGGACAGCGAGUGAAAGAGUAAAGCGCUUUCAGGAGGAAGCAGUGUGUGUGUGUGUAGGUUUUAUCCAAAGCUGAAGAUGGCUACAUACACAGUAUCUCUCAAUGGCUCCGCGCCAUGGGGUUUCAGACUACAUGGAGGAAAAGACUUCAAUAUGCCACUUACCAUCUCCAGGAUAACUCCAGGCAGUAAGGCUGCAGGGGGCAGUCUAGUCCAGGGUGACAUCAUCACAUCGAUAGACGGCCUUAGUACAGAAGGCAUGACACACCUGGAGGCACAGAACAAGAUUAAGAUGGCCUCCAAUAAACUUGCCCUCACCAUGCAAAAGUCGAAACGUCCUACCCCUGUUCCCAUGGCAACACCCAGAAUGGACUCCCCCAUGUCAGUUAUUCCUCACCAGAAGAUUAUUGCAAACACGGCUGGAAAUCAGGAGUAUGUGCCCAGCUUUAACCCCAUAGCUCUGAAGGACUCGGCUCUGUCUACCCAUAAGCCCAUCGAGGUGCGCGGCCCGGGAGGCAAGGCCACCAUCGUUCACGCUCAGUACAACACCCCCAUCUCCAUGUACUCACAGGAUGCCAUCAUGGACGCUAUUGCCGGACAGUCACAGUCCAAGGGCCAUGAGGGUGAGGAUGUACCUGCUGGCUCCCCCCUGGCUGGUUCCCUGCCUAUGAAGGACCCGGUGGUUGACAGUGCAUCUCCAGUCUACCAGGCUGUGAUCCAGACACAUGAUAGAGACGAGGAGAUUGCCGAGUGGGCCAGACGGGCUGCCAACUUGCAGUCCAAGAGCUUCAAGAUGCUGGCCCACCUCACCGGCACCGAAUACAUGCAAGACCCAGAUGAGGAGGCCCUGCAGAGGUCGAGGGAUAAGUUUGAAUCGGAGGUGAAAGGACCUCGCUUCCGCAAGCUGAAGAACUGGCACAACGGGCUCUCAGCUCAGAUCCUCAAUGUCCCUGAGACUCCCUUCUGAUUGAUCUGCCAGAUCUAUCCUUUAUCUUAGGAAUGAUUAUAAUGUUUGGAAUGGUUUUUGCUUUUCUUUCUUGUUGGUUGUUUUGCCUCUCCUAACUGAUAGGGAAUUGUACAAAAAAAGUAUUUAAGAGAAAUUGUAAAAGUGAUCAUGUAAACACACACUCGUGAACACGGACAUGCGCACACAUGCACACAUACAUGCACACACACACCUAUGUACGCAUGCUAACAAUUAACAAAGAUGCACACACAAAUACAUAUGAAUGGACAUAUACCCACACAAUUUAAAUGUACUAUUAUCAAUGUGAAUAAAUAUUUUCUUUAAA